AUGGAAAGGAAUUACGUACAAACCUCAGACGCCCAGUUUGGCGAACGAACAAAUUUUCUUCGCAAUGUGAGUCUUUUGAUCCAUCAUUUUUCUUUCUUUCCAUUAUUCUUCUCUUGUCUUCUUCUUUUUCCAACCAAUACUUUCUUUUUAUUUCCUUUGUUAGAAUCCAUCAUUUUCUUUCUUUCCAUUAUUCUUCUCUUGUCUUCUUCUUUCCAACCAAUACUUUCUUUUAUUUCCUUUGUUAGGAUCCAUCAUUUUCUUUCUUUCCAUUAUUCUUUCUUGAUCCAUCAUUUUCUUUCUUUCCAUUAUUCUUCUCUUGUCUUCUUCUUUCCAACCAAUACUUUCUUCUUUAUUUCCUUUGUUAGGAUCCAUCAUUUUUUUUUCUUUCCAUUAUUUUUCUCUUGUCUUCUUCUUUCCAACCAAUACUUUCUUCUUUUUAUUUCCUUUGUUAGGAUCCAUCAUUUUCUUUCUUUCCAUUAUUUUUCUCUCUUUGUCUUCUUCUUUCCAACCAAUACUUUCUUCUUUAUUUUCUUUGUUAGGAUCCAUCAUUUUCUUUCUUUCCAUUAUUCUUCUCUUGUCUUCUUCUUUCCAACCAAUAUUUUCUUUCUUUAUUUCCUUUAUCCAUCAUUUUCUUUCUUUCCAUUAUUCUUCUCUUUCUUCUUCUUUUUCCAACCAAUACUUUCUUCUUUAUUUCCUUUGUUAGGAUCCAUCAUUUUUCUUUCUUUCCAUUAUUCUUCUCUUGUCUUCUUCUUUCCAACCAAUACUUUCUUCUUUAUUUCCUUUGUUAGGAUCCAUCAUUUUCUUUCUUUCCAUUCCAUUAUUCUUCUCUUGUCUUCUUCUUUCCAACCAAUACUUUCUUUCUUUAUUUCCUUUGUUAGGAUCCAUCAUUUUCUUUCUUUCCAUUAUUCUUCUCUUGUCUUCUUCUUUCCAACCAAUACUUUUUCUUUAUUUCCUUUGUUAGGAUCAAUCAUUUUUCUUUCUUUCCAUUAUUCUUUCUUUGUCUUCUUCUUUCCAACCAAUACUUUCUUUUUUAUUUCCUUUGUUAGGAUCCAUCAUUUUCUUUCUUUCCAUUAUUCUUCUCUUGUCUUCUUCUUUCCAACCAAUACUUUCUUUCUUUUAUUUCCUUUGUUAGGAUCCAUCAUUUUCUUUUCUUUCCAUUAUUUUUCUCUUUGUCUUCUUCUUUCCAACCAAUACUUUCUUUCUUUAUUUCCUUUGUUAGGAUCCAUCAUUUUUCUUUCUUUCCAUUAUUCUUCUCUUGUCUUCUUCUUUCCAACCAAUACUUUCUUUCUUUUAUUUCCUUUGUUAGAUCCAUCAUUUUCUUUUCUUUCCAUUAUUUUUCUCUUGUCUUCUUCUUUCCAACCAAUACUUUCUUCUUUUAUUUCCUUUGUUAGAUCCAUCAUUUUCUUUUCUUUCCAUUAUUUUUCUCUUAUCCAUCAUUUUUCUUUCCAUUAUUCUUCUCUUGUCUUCUUUCUUUCCAACCAAUACUUUCUUUCUUUAUUUCCUUUGUUAGAUCCAUCAUUUUCUUUUCUUUCCAUUAUUCUUUCUUUGUCUUCUUCUUUCCAACCAAUACUUUCUUUCUUUAUUUCCUUUGAUCCAUCAUUUCUUUUCUUUCCAUUAUUCUUCUCUUGUCUUCUUCUUUCCAACCAAUACUUUCUUCUUUUAUUUCCUUUGUUAGGAUCCAUCAUUUUCUUUCUUUCCAUUAUUCUUCUCUUGUCUUCUUCUUUUCCAACCAAUACUUUUUCUUUUAUUUCCUUUGUUAGGAUCCAUCAUUUUCUUUCUUUCCAUUAUUCUUCUCUUGUCUUCUUCUUUCCAACCAAUACUUUCUUCUUUAUUUCCUUUGUUAGGAUCAUUUUCUUUCUUUCCAUUAUUCUUUCUUUUCUUCUUUUCCAACCAAUACUUUCUUCUUUUAUUUCUUUGUUAGGAUCCAUAAUUUUCUUUUUUUCCAUUAUUCUUCUAUCCAUCAUUUUCUUUUUCUUUCCAUUAUUCUUCUCUUGUCUUCUUCUUUUUCCAACCAAUACUUUUCUUUUUUUAUUUCAUUUGUUAGGAUCCAUCAUUUUCUUUCUUUCCAUUAUUCUUCUCUUGUCUUCUUCUUUCCAACCAAUACUUUCUUUCUUUAUUUCCUUUGUUAGGAUCCAUCAUUUUUUUCUUUCCAUUAUUCUUCUCUUGUCUUCUUCUUUCCAACCAAUACUUUUUUCUUUAUUUCCUUUGUUGGGAUCCAUCAUUUUCUUUCUUUCUUUUUUCCAUUAUUCUUUCUCUUGUCUUCUUCUUUCCAACCAAUACUUUCUUCUUUUAUUUCCUUUGUUAGAUCCAUCAUUUUCUUUCUUUCCAUUAUUCUUCUCUUGUCUUCUUCUUUCCAACCAAUACUUUUUUUCUUUAUUUCCUUUGUUAGGAUCCAUCAUUUUCUUUCUUUCCAUUAUUCUUCUCUUGUCUUCUUCUUUCCAACCAAUAUUUUUUUUUUUUAUUUCCUUUGUUAGGAUCCAUCAUUUUCUUUCUUUCCAUUAUUCUUCUCUUGUCUUCUUCUUUUCCAACCAAUACUUUCUUUCUUUUAUUUCCUUUGUUAGAUCCAUCAUUUUCUUUUCUUUCCAUUAUUCUUUCUUGUCUUCUUUUUUUCCAACCAAUACUUUCCUUUCUUUAUUUUCUUUGUUAGAUCCAUCAUUUUCUUUCUUUCCAUUAUUCUUCUCUUGUCUUCUUUUUUCCAACCAAUACUUUCUUUUUUUAUUUCCUUUGUUAGGAUCCAUCAUUUUCUUUCUUUCCAUUAUUCUUCUCUUGUCUUCUUCUUUUCCAACCAAUACUUUUCUUUUUAUUUCCUUUGUUAGGAUCCAUCAUUUUCUUUCUUUCCAUUAUUCUUCUCUUUGUCUUCUUCUUUCCAACCAAUACUUUUUCUUUAUUUCCUUUGUUAGAUCCAUCAUUUUCUUUCUUUCCAUUAUUCUUCUCUUGAUCCAUCAUUUUCUUUCUUUCCAUUAUUCUUUCUUUUGUCUUCUUUUCUUUCUUCUUUUUUUGUUAGGAUCCAUCAUUUUCUUUCUUUCCAUUAUUCUUUCUCUUUUCUUUUCUUUUUCCAACCAAUACUUUUUUUUUUUCUUUGUUAGAUCCAUCAUUUUCUUUCUUUCCAUUAUUCUUUCUUUUGUCUUCUUCUUUCCAACCAAUACUUUUCUUUCUUUAUUUCCUUUGUUAGGAUCCAUCAUUUUCUUUCUUUCCAUUAUUCUUCUCUUGAUCCAUCAUUUUCUUUCUUUCCAUUAUUCUUCUCUUGUCUUCUUCUUUCCAACCAAUACUUUCUUCUUUAUUUCCUUUGUUAGGAUCCAUCAUUUUCUUUCUUUCCAUUAUUCUUCUCUUUGUCUUCUUCUUUUUCCAACCAAUACUUUCUUCUUUAUUUCCUUUGUUAGGAUCCAUCAUUUUCUUUCUUUCCAUUAUUCUUCUCUUGUCUUCUUCUUUUUCCAACCAAUACUUUUUUUUUUAUUUCCUUUGUUAGGAUCCAUCAUUUUCUUUCUUUCCAUUAUUCUUCUCUUGUCUUCUUCUUUCCAACCAAUACUUUUCUUCUUUUUAUUUCCUUUGUUAGGAUCCAUCAUUUUUUUCUUUCCAUUAUUCAUCUCUUUGUCUUCUUCUUUUCCAACCAAUACUUUCUUUUUUUUAUUUCCUUUGUUAGGAUCCAUCAUUUUCUUUCUUUCCAUUAUUCUUCUCUUUGUCUUCUUCUUUCCAACUUUUCCUUUUUUAUUUUUUGUUAGGAUCCACAUUUUCUUUCUUUCCAUUAUUUUUCUCUUUGAUCCAUCAUUUUCUUUUUCUUUCCAUUAUUCUUCUCUUGUCUUCUUCUUUCCAACCAAUACUUUCUUCUUUAUUUCCUUUGUUAGAUCCAUCAUUUUCUUUCUUUCCAUUAUUUUUUCUUGUCUUCUUCUUUCCAACCAAUACUUUCUUCUUUUAUUUCCUUUGUUAGGAUCCAUCAUUUUCUUUUCUUUCCAUUAUUCUUCUCUUUAUCCAUCAUUUUCUUUCUUUCCAUUAUUCUUUCCAACCAAUACUUUCUUCUUUUAUUUCUUUGUUAGGAUCCAAUUUUCUUUUCUUUCCAUUAUUCUUUCUUUCUCUUUCUUUCCAACCAAUACUUUCUUUCUUUUAUUUCCUUUGUUAGGAUCCAUCAUUUUCUUUCUUUCCAUUAUUCUUCUCUUUGAUCCAUCAUUUUCUUUCUUUCCAUUAUUCUUCUUGUCUUCUUCUUUCCAACCAAUACUUUCUUCUUUAUUUCCUUUGUUAGGAUCCAUCAUUUUCUUUCUUUCCAUUAUUCUUCUCUUUGUCUUCUUCUUUCCAACCAAUACUUUCUUUUUUAUUUCCUUUGUUAGGAUCCAUCAUUUUCUUUCUUUCCAUUAUUCUUCUUUGUCUUCUUCUUUUUCCAACCAAUACUUUCUUCUUUAUUUCCUUUGUUGGGAUCCAUCAUUUUCUUUCUUUCCAUUAUUCUUCUAUUGUCUUAUUUCUUUCCAACCAAUACUUUCUUUCUUUAUUUCCUUUGUUAGAUCCAUCAUUUUCUUUCUUUCCAUUAUUCUUCUCUUUGUCUUCUUCUUUCAACCAAUACUUUUCUUCUUUAUUUCCUUUGUUAGGAUCCAUCAUUUUCUUUCUUUUACGUUAUUUUUCUCUUGUCUUCUUCUUUUCAAACCAAUACUUUCUUUCUUUAUUUCCUUUGUUGGGAUCCAUCAUUUUCUUUCUUUCCAUUAUUCUUCUCUUUGUCUUCUUCUUUCCAACCAAUACUUUCAAUUUUCUUUUAUUUCCUUUGUUAGGAUCCAUCAUUUUCUUUCUUUCCAUUAUUCUUCUCUUUGUCUUUGUUCUUUCCAACCAAUACUUUCUUCUUUAUUUCCUUUGUUAGGAUCCAUCAUUUUCUUUCUUUCCAUUAUUCUUCUCUUGAUCCAUCAUUUUCUUUCUUUCCAUUAUUCUUCUCUUUGUCUUCUUCUUUCCAACCAAUACUUUCUUUUUAUUUCCUUUGUUAGGAUCCAUCAUUUUCUUUCUUUCCAUUAUUCUUUCUUGUCUUCUUCUUUCCAACCAAUACUUUCUUCUUUAUUUCCUUUGUUAGGAUCCAUCAUUUUCUUUCUUUCCAUUAUUCUUCUUCCAUUUGUCUUCUUCUUUCCAACCAAUACAUUUGCUUUUUUAUUGCCUUUUGUUAGGAUCCAUCAUUUUUUUUCUUUCCAUUAUUUUUCUCUUGUCUUCUUCUUUCCAACCAAUACAUUCUUUUUUAUUUCCUUUGUUAGGAUCCAUCAUUUUCUUUCUUUCCAUUAUUCUUCUCUUUGUCUUCUUCUUUCCAACCAAUACUUUCUUUUCUUUAUUUCCUUUGUUAGGAUCCAUCAUUUUCUUUCUUUCCAUUAUUCUUCUCUUUUGUCUUCUUCUUUCCAACCAAUACUUUUCUUCUUUAUUUCCUUUGUUAGGAUCCAUCAUUUUCUUUUCUUUUCCGUUAUUCUUCUCUUGUCUUCUUCUUUCCAACCAAUACUUUCUUCUUUAUUUCCUUCAUUCGGUUCCAUUUUUCUUUUUUUUUCUUUCCAUUAUUCUUCUCUUGUCUUCUUCUUUCCAACCAAUUCUUUUUCUUUAUUUCCUUUGUUAGGAUCCAUCAUUUUUUUCUUUCCAUUAUUCUUCUCUUUGUCUUCUUCUUUCCAACCAAUACUUUCUUCUUUUAUUUCCUUUGUUAGGAUCCAUCAUUUUCUUUCUUUCCAUUAUUUUUCUCUUGUCUUCUUCUUUCCAACCAAUAUUUUCUUCUUUAUUUCCUUUGAUCCAUCAUUUUCUUUCUUUCCAUUAUUCUUCUCUUGUCUUCUUCUUUUCCAACCAAUACUUUCUUCUUUUAUUUCCUUUGUUAGGAUCCAUCAUUUUCUUUUCUUUCCAUUAUUCUUCUUUGUCUUCUUCUUUCCAACCAAUACUUUCUUUUUUUUUUCCUUUGUUAGGAUCCAUCAUUUUCUUUCUUUCCAUUAUUCUUCUCUUGUCUUCUUCUUUCCAACCAAUACUUUCUUCUUUAUUUCCUUUGUUAGGAUCCAUCAUUUUCUUUUCUUUCCAUUAUUCUUCUCUUUGUCUUCUUUUUUUCCAACCAAUACAUUGCUUUUUUAUUGCCUUUUGUUAGGAUCCAUCAUUUUCUUUCUUUUCCAUUAUUCUUCUCUUGUCUUCUUUCUUUCCAACCAAUACUUUUUCUUUUUAUUUCCUUUGUUAGGAUCCAUCAUUUUCUUUCUUUCCAUUAUUCUUCUCUUGUCUUCUUCUUUCCAACCAAUACUUUCUUCUUUAUUUCCUUUGUUAGAUCCAUCAUUUUCUUUUCUUUCCGUUAUUCUUCUCUUUGUCUUCUUCUUUCCAACCAAUACUUUCUUCUUUAUUUCCUUCAUUCGGAUCCAUCAUUUUUUCUUACUUUUCCAUUAUUCUUCUCUUGUCUUCUUCUUUCCAACCAAUACUUUCUUUUUUUAUUUCUUUUUGUUAGGAUCCAUCAUUUUUUUCUUUCCAUUAUUCUUCUCUUUGUCUUCUUCUUUCCAACCAAUACUUUCUUCUUUAUUUCCUUUGUUAGGAUCCAUCAUUUUCUUUUCUUUCCAUUAUUCUUCUCUUGUCUUCUUCUUUUUCCAACCAAUACUUUCUUCUUUAUUUCCUUUGUUAGGAUCCAUCAUUUUCUUUCUUUCCAUUAUUCUUCUCUUGUCUUCUUCUUUCCAACCAAUACUUUCUUCUUUAUUUCCUUUGUUAGGUUCCAUCAUUUUCUUUCUUUCCGUUAUUCUUCUCUUGUCUUCUUCUUUCCAACCAAUACUUUCUUCUUUAUUUCCUUCAUUCGGUUCCAUCAAUUUUUUUCUUUCCAUUAUUCUUCUCUUGUCUUCUUCUUUCCAACCAAUUCUUUCUUCUUUAUUUCCUUUGUUAGGAUCCAUCAUUUUCUUACUUUCCAUUAUUCUUCUCUUGUCUUCUUCUUUCCAACCAAUACUUUCUUCUUUAUUUCCUUUGUUAGGAUCCAUCAUUUUCUUUCUUUCCAUUAUUCUUCUCUUGUCUUCUUCUUUCCAACCAAUACUUUCUUCUUUAUUUCCUUUGUUAGGAUCCAUCAUUUUCUUUCUUUCCAUUAUUCUUCUCUUGUCUUCUUCUUUCCAACCAAUACUUUCUUCUUUAUUUCCUUUGUUAGAUCCAUCAUUUUCUUUCUUUCCAUUAUUCUUCUGUUGUCUUCUUCUUUCCAACCAAUACUUUCUUUUCUUUAUUUCCUUUGUUAGGAUCCAUCAUUUUCUUUCUUUCCAUUAUUCUUCUCUUUUGAUCCAUCAUUUUCUUUCUUUCCAUUAUUCUUCUCUUGUCUUCUUCUUUCCAACCAAUACUUUUCUUUCUUUAUUUCCUUUGUUAGGAUCCAUCAUUUUCUUACUUUCCAUUAUUCUUCUCUUUUGUCUUCUUCUUUCCAACCAAUACUUUUUCUUCUUUAUUUCCUUUGUUAGAGCCAUCAUUUUCUUUCUUUCCAUUAUUCUUCUCUUGAUCCAUCAUUUUCUUUCUUUCCAUUAUUCUUCUCUUGUCUUCUUCUUUCCAACCAAUACUUUCCUUUUUAUUUCCUUUGUUAGGAUCCAUCAUUUUCUUUCUUUCCAUUAUUCAUCUCUUGUAUUCUUCUUUCCAACCAAUACUUUCUUCUUUAUUUCCUUUGUUAGGAUCCAUCAUUUUCUUUCUCUUCGUUAUUCUUCUAUUGUCUUCUUCUUUCCAACCAAUACUUUUUCUUUAUUUCCUUUGUUAGGAUCCAUCAUUUUCUUUCUUUCCAUUAUUCUUCUCUUGUCUUCUUCUUUCCAACCAAUACUUUCUUCUUUAUUUCCUUUGUUAGGAUCCAUCAUUUUCUUUCUUUCCAUUAUUCUUCUCUUGUCUUCUUCUUUCCAACCAAUACUUUCUUCUUUAUUUCCUUUGUUAGGAUCCAUCAUUUUCUUUCUUUCCAUUAUUCUUCUCUUGUCUUCUUCUUUUCCAACCAAUACUUUCUUCUUUAUUUCCUUUGUUAGGAUCCAUCAUUUUCUUUUCUUUCCAUUAUUCUUCUCUUGUCUUCUUCUUUUUCCAACCAAUACUUUCUUCUUUAUUUCCUUUGUUAGGAUCCAUCAUUUUCUUUCUUUCCAUUAUUCUUCUCUUGUCUUCUUCUUUCCAACCAAUACUUUCUUCUUUAUUUCCUUUGUUAGGAUCCAUCAUUUUCUUUCUUUCCAUUAUUCUUCUCUUGUCUUCUUCUUUCCAACCAAUACUUUCUUCUUUAUUUCCUUUGUUCGGAUCCAUCAUUUUCUUUCUUUCCAUUAUUCUUCUCUUGUCUUCUUCUUUCCAACCAAUACUUUCUUCUUUAUUUCUUGUGUUAGGUUCCAUCAUUUUCUUUCUUUCCAUUAUUCUUCUCUUGUCUUCUUCUUUCCAACCAAUACUUUCUUCUUUAUUUCCUUUGUUAGGAUCCAUCAUUUUCUUUCUUUCCAUUAUUCUUCUCUUGUCUUCUUCUUUCCAAACAAUACUUUCUUCUUUAUUUCCUUUGUUAGGAUCCAUCAUUUUCUUUCUUUCCAUUAUUCUUCUCUUGUCUUCUUCUUUCCAACCGAUACUUUCUUUUUAUUUCCUUUGUUAGGAUCCAUCAUUUUCUUUCUUUCCAUUAUUCUUCUCUUGAUCCAUCAUUUUCUUUCUUUCCAUUAUUCUUCUAUUGUCUUCUUCUUUCUAACCAAUACUUUCUUCUUUAUUUCCUUUGUUAGGAUCCAUCAUUUUUUCUUUCUUUCCAUUAUUCUUCUCUUGUCUUCUUCUUUCCAACCAAUACUUUUUUUCUUUAUUUCCUUUGUUAGGAUCCAUCAUUUUCUUUCUUUACGUUAUUUUUCUCUUGUCUUCUUCUUUCAAACCAAUACUUUCUUCUUUAUUUCCUUUGUUGGGAUCCAUCAUUUUCUUUCUUUCCAUUAUUCUUCUCUUGUCUUCUUCUUUCCAACCAAUACUUUCUUCUUUAUUUCCUUUGUUAGGAUCCAUCAUUUUCUUUCUUUCCAUUAUUCUUCUCUUGUCUUGUUCUUUCCAACCAAUACUUUCUUCUUUAUUUCCUUUGUUAGGAUCCAUCAUUUUCUUUCUUUCCAUUAUUCUUCUCUUGAUCCAUCAUUUUCUUUCUUUCCAUUAUUCUUCUCUUGUCUUCUUCUUUCCAACCAAUACUUUCUUCUUUUAUUUCUUUUGUUAGGAUCCAUCAUUUUCUUUCUUUCCAUUAUUCUUUUUGUCUUCUUCUUUCCAACCAAUACUUUCUUCUUUAUUUCCUUUGUUAGGAUCCAUCAUUUUCUUUCUUUCCAUUAUUCUUCUCUUGUCUUCUUCUUUCCAACCGAUACUUUCUUUUUAUUUCCUUUGUUAGGAUCCAUCAUUUUCUUUCUUUCCAUUAUUCUUCUCUUGUCUUCUUCUUUCCAACCAAUACUUUCUUCUUUAUUUCCUUUGUUGGGAUCCAUCAUUUUCUUUCUUUCCAUUAUUCUUCUCUUGUCUUCUUCUUUCCAACCAAUACUUUCUUCUUUAUUUCCUUUGUUAGGAUCCAUCAUUUUCUUUCUUUCCAUUAUUCUUCUCUUGUCUUCUUCUUUCCAACCAAUACUUUCUUCUUUAUUUCAUUCUUUCGGAUCCAUCAUUUUUUCUCCCGGUAUUUUCUCAUGUUUUCCCCUUUUUCACCAUUUUGCUAAAUCUCCCUCUUAUUUCUUCUUAUUCUCCGCUCUACUUCACUUUUUAAGCAAAGUCAAAAGAAAUAUCUUGCCGUCCUCAAGGGCACUAAGCCACACCGAAGCCAAGAAAUCUCACAUGAUAUCAACAAGCCGAAUCAAACUCCUACAAAUCCUAAAUUGCAAAUGUUUCUUUCUCUCUCUCUCUCUCUCUCUCUCUGUGUUUCUCUAUCUAUCUAUCUCGCUCAACUACUCGCUCUUGAUCCUUUCAACUUAA